CGGGCCAGGUGAGGCGGGGCAGGUGAGGGGCGGGCUCUGGGCGAGCGCGGCCGCCGCUGCCCGAGCGCCGCUGCCCCACGAGCGGGCCCCGCGGGGCGGCCCCGAGCCCCCGCGGGACGGACCCGCCCCAGCCCCACGGACAGACGGACGGACGGACAGAAGGACGGGAGCAUGGCCCUCCACCCGCGCAGGGUGCGCCUGAAGCCGUGGCUGGUGGCCCAGGUGGACAGUGGCAUGUACCCCGGGCUGAUCUGGCUGAACCGCGAGGCCAAGCGCUUCCAGAUCCCCUGGAAACACGCGACUCGGCACAGCCCCCAGCACGAGGAGGAGAACACCAUCUUCAAGGCAUGGGCCGUGGAAACGGGAAAGUACCAGGAAGGAGUGGAUGAGCCAGACCCCGCAAAGUGGAAAGCCCAGCUCCGAUGUGCACUUAACAAGAGCCGGGAGUUUAAUUUGAUGUACGAUGGCACCAAGGAGGUGCCCAUGAACCCCAUUAAAAUUUAUGAAGUGUGCGACAUCCCGCAGUCGCAGGGAUCAAUCAUUAAUCCAGGUUCCACUGGCUCAGCUCCGUGGGAUGAGAAGGAUAAUGAUCUUGAUGAUGAAGAGGAGGAAGAACUGAAUCAAUCUCAGCACGUCCCAAUUCAAGAGACAUUUCCAUUUCUCAAUAUCAAUGAGUCUCCAAUGGCUCCAGCCAGUGCAGAAAACUGCAGUCCUGAAACUGUGUGGCCAAAGAAUGAACCUCUGGAUAUGGAAAUGCCCCCAACAGCGCUGCAGCACGACUUCUUCAGCAGCCCCGAGCUCUGGAUCAGCUCCCUGCCAAUGACAGACCUAGAAAUCAAGUUUGAGUAUCGAGGGAAGGAGACCGGACCCACAACGACCGUGAGCAACCCGCAGGGCUGCAGACUUUUCUACGGAGAGCUGGGUCCUAUGCCAGACCAGGAGGAGCUCUUCGGGCCCAUCAGUUUGGAGCAAGUCAAGUUUCCAGGCACGGAGCAGAUCACCAACGAAAGGCAGAAGAUCUUCACGAGCCGGCUGCUGGAUGUUAUGGACAGGGGACUGAUCCUGGAGGUCAGCGGCCACGCCAUCUACGCCGUGCGGCUCUGCCAGUGCAAGGUGUACUGGUCUGGGCCCUGUGCCCCCUCCUCCACCACCCCAAACCUCAUCGAGAGGCAAAAGAAGGUCAAGCUCUUCUGUCUGGAAACGUUCCUAAGCGAGCUGAUUGCCCAUCAGAAGGGACAAAUUGAGAAACAGCCACCAUACGAGAUCUACUUCUGCUUUGGAGAAGAGUGGCCCGAUGGAAAACCCAGGGAGAGGAAGCUGAUCGUGGUGCAGGUCAUCCCCGUGGUGGCGCGGAUGAUCUACGAGAUGUUCUCUGGGGACUUCACGCGCUCCUUCGACAGCGGCAGCGUGCGGCUGCAGAUCUCCACGCCGGACAUCAAGGACAACAUCGUGGCACACCUGAAGCAGCUCUACCGGCUGCUGCAGAACCACCAGGAGGGCUGGCCCAUGCAGGCCCCGGCCAUGCACAUGGCACAGCCGCUCCCGGCACAGUGACCGGCCCGCGGCUUCCACCGGGCCUCCUUGCGUUGUACAUAUACAGGGGCGUUUCUUAACCUGUGCCUUGCCUCAGCCUCCAUAAAUAAAAUCUGUAAAUCCUGUCAUCUUCUAGGAUUUCAGCAAUUUGUGGUGCUUUUGUUUUGGAAAUGGCUCAAAACAGAGGGGAUUACAGGAAUGCUUCUAACUCCUUCACCCUCUUCAGCUGUUUGCUUAAACAACCCCUCUGUAUACAUCAGAUUUCAAUUCUGUAAUAUUUUUUAUUCUGCUAUAAUACAAUGUAUAUAAACACUUGAUCAUUAGAAGGGGAGAAACAAAAUAAUCUGUGCUCUAUUAAAUCUGCCUGGACAAUA